CUUUUCUCUUUUUUUGUAACUGGCACUUUUAUAAAGGAAAAACAUUUUUAUCUGAUAAAUGUAACAACUUUAUACGCAUAACGACCUUUAUCUCCAUACUGGUACUUUUAUACACACAUAUUCACUGUACAUAAAUAUAUAUAUAUAUAAGAAAACACAAUAUGAAUGCAGACAAAUCCCCAGCAAAAAAAUUUUUUCCACCACUUCAUCAAGAUCAAAGUGAACGAAAUGAAGAAAUAGAUUCACCACUCUCUUCGUCUUCAGAUCUUUCACUUUAUUCAGGUACUACAGCCUCGUUACCUCUUUGGAAUAAUGUCGAUACUUUAAGUAUGCCAGAAAAUACAAAGUCUUCACCUAUUUCUACUAGUUUACUAUCUACACCCAUGACUAGUUCUGCAACACUACCUUCUACUUCAACCACUCCAACCACGUCCUCUCAUUCAUCUUUUAUUCCUACUUCAAACUAUUCUACUGCCACCAUUGGUACUCACAAUAUUACAAGUAACGAAAGUCAUAUAUCUACUACUACUACUACAUCUCCUUCUGAAGACAAUUCAGCUUUUAAUAUCUCUUGGGGUGGUGGACAAGAUCGACCUCCUAGUGCGUUACAUCCAAAACAACCUAUGCCACCUGUUCUUCCUUCAAAACCUUUACCGAAACCAAGAGGAAUACGAAAGUUACCUGAACCAGAACCUUCGGAGGAUGGUACCUUGGAUGAAGAUACCUUAAAAAGACGCAAAAAUACAACUGCUGCCAGAAAAUCAAGAUUGAAAAAAUUGAUGCAUAUUGAGAAUUUAGAACAUCAAAUUCAACAGUUUCAAGCUGAAAAUUCACAGUUGGUAUUGAAUAAUGCCAUGUUGGAAUCAGAGAAAAAAAGUUUAUUAGCAAAAGAACAGGAAUAUAAGAAAAGGAUCAAGUAUUUGGAAGAUAUUGUACGGAUGUCCUGUUCCCGUGUCUUAGAUGAAUCUGGAGAUCUAUCACAACGAUAGUUGUACCGUCUUUUUUUAUUUAUUUUUUUUUUGUCUUUUGUUUUGUUUUAUAAUAUAUAAUAAUAAAUAUCUAACUGUUUUAUGGGAAUUCUUCUUUUUUUUUUCGAAAGU